AUGAAGCACACAAAAUCCAAGAAAGGUACUCUUGCUUUUAAAAUUGAUCUUGAAAAAGCUUGUGAUAGGGUGGAUUGGAGGUUUUUGGAGAGUACUCUCAUUGCUUUUGGUUUUCCUAUCAUCACUGUUAAUUUGAUUAUGAAUUGUGUCCGUACAUCAUCUCUUUCUAUUAUAUGGAAUGAGAAUAGAUUGGAUAGUUUUGCUCCUAGAAGGGAGCUUAGACAGGGCGAUCCAAUGUCUCCUUACUUAUUUGUGCUUUGUAUGGAAAGACUUGCUUGCUAUAUAUCUCAUAAGGCUACAAAGAGUCAGGUUCAAAUGGUCAUGCAUUCUCUUAACAUUUUUUGCAAGGCAUUUGGCAUGAAAGUGAAUCUUGAAAAGUCUAAAGAUUUUUGUUCUAAAAAUGUGACUGCUCGUAGAAGAGAUAUUUUUACUAGUGUUUUUUCAAUACGUUUUGCUUUGGACUUAGGAAGAUAUCUUGGAGUUAACCUUAAUCAUUCCCGUACCAGUAGGGCUUCUUUUCAUUCGAUGAUUGAAAAGGUAUCUUUUUUUCCAAAUUGGGUUUGCGAUAAAUUGUCUUCUAUGAUGAGACAGUUCCUUUGGAAGGGUCAAGUUGAUAGUAGAGGUCUUUCUCUUGUUAAUUGGAGGACCGUGAUCACUCCAAAGAAAUUUGGUGGCCUAGAUGACAAGCCUUGGGUUGCUCUAUUGAGGGCGAAGUAUAUGAGGAAUGAGGGAGUUUUAGAUGGCCAUAUCCCUUGCAAUGCUUCUCAUGUUUGGAAGAGUAUCUCAAAGGCUUUUGGUGCUCUUAAGGAUGUCUUCUCUUGGUGCGUUGGAGACGUUUGGAAAGAUGGUCAAUGGAAUCUCCAUGAUAUUUUCUCUAUCAUUCCAGAAGAUGUCAAACAGCGUUUGAAUGCUUAUAAUCCGGAUUUGAAUGCUGGAGAGAGUUCGGGUUGGUCGUGGGGUGUGGCAUCUUCUAGACUCUACUCAACUAGGAAUGGUCUUCAUAAUGUCAUUCCUACGGCAGAGUUUCGUUUGGGUCGUGGUUUAACUUUAUCUAGCACCUGUUAUCAAUGUCAGAAUGGUUCUGAAUCCAUUCUUCAUUGUCUUCGGGAGUGCCCUAGUGCCAAGGAGGUCUGGAACCUUUUAGGCCUGAAUCAAGACUUAUUUAGUAUAGAUGAUUCAUGGAAUGCUAGUAAAGUGGUGAGUUUGAUUCGUAGUUCAGUAAGGGAGUUUCACACUAUUUUUGCUAUGCAUCAAUCUUUGUCUCCUCCUUCACUUUGUUUGCAUUGGGUUCCACCUCCAGUUCAUUCUGUUAAAUUGAAUUGUGAUGCUAGUUGGUUUGCUCCUUUUGGCUAUGCUGGUUUUGGUUGUAUCAUUCGCAAUCCUGAUGGAUGUUGGUUGAAAGGUUGCACUGGGAAAGUCGAAGUGUGCAGUGUUCUUUUUGCUGAAUUGUAUGCAAUUUGGAGAGGUUUACUUCUUGCUUGGGAGAGUGGAUUUCGUGAGACUAUUUGUGAAACAUACUGUUUAGAAGCUUUUUUCUUGGUAAACCAAAGAAUGCUUGGUAAGGAUAUUCCGGAAUGGAAUUUGGCAAAGCAUAUACAGGAGGUUAUGAAUUGGAAUUGGAGAGUCUCUAUUCUUUUAAUUCAGAGGACUGCAAAUAGUGUUGCAGAUUGUAUGGCUAAAGCAGCUGCUUCUGGCGCGGACAUUCACUCGAAUUGGAGCCAACCAUGGAGUGAGCUUCAACCUCUAAUAGAUUUAUAUAUGACCCUAGCCAAUUAA